AUGUCGUAUGCAGAGUGGCAGCGGGAGCCAAGCACUUGGGACGUCGCCUUCAGGUUGCAUAUGCCAUACCGCGCGCCGCGCAGCAGGCUCGCAAAGUUCGUCUGGCGCCGCCGCCUCUGGCUCGAAACGACCUUCGCGUUGUCGAUGAUGCAGCCAUGGGAGAAGGUCGUCGUCAUGUGCGCAGUUUGGUUGUUGCUCGGCUUGUUCGUGACGACCGCGUACCUCUACUUCCCCCAACACGUCCGCUACCUGUGCGGGCGCGCGCGGUACUACCUCGACGGCGAACUCAGUGUUCCCGCUGCGCUGAAGUGGAGUGCGAGCUACCUCGGCAACGCGUCCAGCCCGUUCGCCUACGCGGUAAACGCGCUGAGCGCGCAUGAAGACCUGUAG